CAGGCUAGCGAGGUCCGUGAACACCCGUUAAGAUUUUUCUUGCUUUAAAUGGGCCUAGCGUGCCCUUGCUAUUCGUUGGAAUUUUGAAAUGAAACGGUGUUCGGAAAAAAGAAAAGAAAACGCAUCGAGCUCGCUUAUCGCGAUUUGCCGCUUGACAUCUUGUGAUUGGCCGGUGGUUGCACGUGAGGGCGCGUGGUACGUGAGUACGUGAGCGCGAGUGUCUCGGGCCUCUCGAGCGCGAGCCAGUGCGCGAGCCUCGUUCGACAUUCGCAUUUGGAACCCGGUUGUCUUGUGGAAUAGUCUGGAAGCUUCCAUUCUUCCUUCAGAGACCGAAGAAGCUGAGCAUCCAUGGUUGAGUCUGUGCUACAAUGGCGGAUGCAGGACGUCAUGUCAACUGUCGCUGCAAAGCGUGAAAGGAGGAAGAAACUCAAGCCCAAGCUUUCGUUUGGCUCCUCAAGCGGUGCUUCCGGCAACCUGCCUUCCAAUAUGCAAGCAAACCUGCCAGAAUUGUUUGCGCUUCUUAAGACCCAACUUGAACUGUGCAGACAACAAGCGCAAGAUGAUGAGCCUCCAUGUGAGGUUAACGGCAACGUGACGGGGUGGUCUGCUCACAAGCGCUCGCUGAACAAUGAGCUCCUGAUGUAUUCUGGGCCGGUGCCAAAUGUGCCCAACUGUGCUCGGUCAUCACCGGACAGCACCACAGCUUCGGACGGGAAGGAAUUCGAACUGGACAUCCUUGGAACUGGCGAGAACGGAACCACUUCUAUUUGUGUGGAAGAAGUAAUAGUAGAUGAAGAGCUGGAACCUGAGCCUCUGACUGAAGCAGAUGUAACUGAUAUCGUAAGGCAGCUGCGAGAAGUCCUGCAGGAGAAGGGCCCAUCACAGGAGGAUGACCUGCUGAACGCACUGGCACCUGAGCAGGCUCGCCGGGUGCUAGCCACGUAUGACACGUUAACUGCCUUCCUGUACCGGCACCCGGGAUUCCGACUGGUCCAUGAGGACCUGCACUCGUUCAUCUACUACCAGGACCCUGACGACGACGAUGACGAUGACUGCUACUACUCCACCACUGCCGCAGUUUACAACGGAGUCCCCGCACUGAAUGCUGGUGCCGAACACCAGCUGCACUCCCUGGUUGCUGGUAACAAUGGACCCCGGAGCGUGCGCACAAGCUCGUGCAGCAGCACUUCAUACGAGUCUGCUAUGGAGGAGGAGGAGGACUACGAGGAUGGGAAGGGCAAGAAGCAUGGCCUCAAGGACGGCUCGAGCCAGACACCCUCACGGCCUCGUUGCCAGUCACGAGCCCUGCAGGCAGUACAGCCAACGUGCGACGCAGAGUCCCAGACCCAAGGAUGGGACCCUGCUGAGUUCGCCGAGCUGGAGCUGAUGCUGAGGAAGCGAAACACUGAAAUCUCUCAACUCCAAGAAAGGCUGGCAUCUAUGCAGGAAGCUCAUGCCCUCGAGAUGCAGCAGCUUCAUCUCAAGAUUGAGGAGCUGCAGAGCGGGCCGCAAGUACCGCCAACACCACCGCCACAAAAUGAGGUGAACCAGGAGAUGAGGAGCAGCUGCUCCACCUCGGAUGAGGAGGAAGACGAGAGGCCUCAGGUAGUGGCCACCAUCAAUGGGGACAUGAAUGGAGAGGCUGAAGAAGAGGAAGAAGGACAUGGCUGGCUGCAGGCACGGUCGCCUGCUGUGCUCCGUUCUCCACUGCCUCGUUCAGAGCCAGAUGAGAAGCUGCACGCACUUUCCAUUGAGCCGAGGCCCAAGCCGGAGCCUCCAGUUGAGCAGAAGGUCAAGAGGCAGGCAGAGCGACCUCAGGUGCCCGAGUUUUACGACCUCCACUGGCGCAUGGAGCAGGCUGCUGCUCCAUGCUCAGAUGUCGAGUCCAUGUGGUCAAGCCGUGGAGGAUCCCCUACGAAAAGCAAGACGGAGAUGCAGAUUACAAAAAUAGUACACAUGGUCAAAAAGAAGCAGCCGAACUAUUCAGAGCAAGAGAUCCGCAAGCAUGUGGACUACAUGCGCAAGUCCCAGGGCGGGUUCUCCCGCAUGACCUUCAACUCCAUUGUAGCCCUUGUGCUCGGCCACAUGAAGAGCAACGCAGAAUAAGCACUGAAAGGAUUCUGCCCGUGGAGACAGCACCUCCUCGAAGAGUGCUGAAGUCUCCACAUGCUGCAGCUCCAGCAAGGACACUGCACGUGGCCAUGCACCCCCCCCCCCCCCCCCUUUUUUUCCUGACUUUUUAGUUUACUUCAUCAUUUGUUUUAAGCUAAACGUAAUGUCUGUUCUUUUUUUCUUUUGUAUUCUUGUUAAAAGAAAGCUUAUGCUUGAUGUACAGAACUUUCUGUUCAAUUUUUUUUUUUUCUGCAUUCAUCAAGCAUGUUAACAUUAGUCAAUAGUUUGUUUCUGCUGUACAGUGAUGCUGUGAAAAUAUGGCCCGUGUAAUGUCCUCUGGUGCUGUCACUCCAUCUGUGGGCACAUCUGAAAAACAAGUGUGCCAUGCUCGUGCCUUGCAGUGCCAAUGGUCCCCUUGGCAUCCCGGUACUUCUCGCCAGUGUGUUCCAAGAAGCCUCUCGCCCCUCCUCACCAGUGAUCUCAACAAUGAACUGGUCUCGCAACAUUUUUUUUUUUUUUUUUUUGUCCCAUGCGAUCCUUUGCCACGUGCACUGGCAUGUGGCAAAGUAUUAGUAUGUUAAAAAUGGCUACGCUUCACAUGGCCUGACCUUGCCGCAGAAGGGAGCGUGCAGGUUUUGGUUGAUAUUGUUAAAAAAACAAAGAAAAUAAACACUUGUGUAAGAUACUUUUACUUGGCCUUGCUUAGCUGAGGGCCGCACGUGGUAUUGUGCACAGAGGUUCGUGCAGUAUUUUUGCAUUUUGUUGUGAUAUCUAUAUAAAGAGGAAUGUGAUAAAUACCUGCCUUGUACAGUGCAAUCCACUAUUAAAGGGAACACUUUAAUGUGUGACACUCGCUUAGCUUGUGGUUUAGCUGCAAGUACGAACUAAAGCUGUGUUGAUUUUCUGCACAAGUGCCUAGACAGGUGCCAGUGCCAACAACCAUAGGUUUUCUGCUACCAGAGGGAAAAAAAUGGCAUGUGCUCAUCUCUUUAACCGAGGACUGCACUGUACGUGGGCAUUUUGUUUACGUUAUGGAUCGAAGGAAGUAUUGUGCUUGAAGCUCUUAUGCGGUUAUGCCUCUAUUGUAUUUGGAAAAUGAUAGUGAUGAGUGCCUAGUCUUGUAUAUGUAGGGUCCUUCAUUUUUGGGUAAAACCUAAUGUUUUUCUGACCCUGAAUAAUUUUUGCCUUUUGUACAAAAGAAUAAAUGCAGGUUGAAAAACCACUACACUGCGUGCCUUGUGUGAGGAAGUGGUCAAGAUACUAUACAUUCACGAAUAAUACAUGCUUUCUUUAAUUAUGCGUAACACGCCAGGAUAUAUAGUAUGUACUGCCAGCCUUGAGUGAACGAAAACUUGUAGCUGUGCAACAAUGGCACAUUGCACGUCGCGCAUGCAGGUGGAGGUAAUGCACUGGCAAUUGAAAGCAGUGCUGGGGUUGUUCUGUAAUGCGAAUGGUAGCUCCCCCGUCUUUUCUCAACGUAUAUAUAUAUAUAUCGUCAAAGAAGGGUGGUAGAUUUGCUAAGCCAUACAGCUGUAGGAUGCGCAUGCAAGUGUAAAUGUCUACUAGCGAGAACUUAACGGCACAAAUGUGAUUUCGCAUUAAUGUUCAAAGGGAGACAGUUGCUUGUGUUAAUCGUUUUGUGAAAGUUGCCAGAA